AUGAACCUUGUAUUAUCAGAUACGGAAGAAUUUCGUACGACAAAAAAGAGCAAAAUUGAGGAAAGAAGAACUUUAGGACUGAUCAUUUUAAGGGGUGAGACGGUAAUCUCAGUUAGCAUCGAGUCUUCACCCACAAAUUCAGAUACAGCUGGAAGAUUGGGCGUGAUAAAACCUGGUCCUGGUUCUGCGAGAGGCAUUACUCGAGGCUCUGCACCACCAUCAGGGCCUUCGCUAGUUGGCCCCGUUCGUACCUCAGCACCAGCUGGACUGCCAGCGGGCUUUGGUCCUCCUCCCGGAUUUCAGCCACCUCCAGGCUUUGGGGGUCGAUAG